CCGAGGUGCGCUUGCUGCCAAAAUUUCAAGCACCGCCGCUAGCGAUAACCCUAGCGCCCGCCACCGCCGCAGCCUCCUCCUCCAUUCGCGCCAUCCUCCAUUCGGACACAGCUGCUCCAUUCGCGCCUCCUCCUCCUCCUCCUCCUCUCUGCCGCCAUCGGCACCGCCAGAUCCAGCUCCCACCGUCAUUCUCUCCGCCACCGCCGGGUCCUCGUCGUCGACGCUGCCUCCACCUCGGCCAGCCGUCUCCACCUCAGGAGUCAUCACCGCCGCCGGGUCCUCGUCGUCCAUGCCGCCUCUACCUUGGCCGGCCGCCUCAACCUCGGGAGUCGCCGCCGCCGGGUCCUCGUUGUCCACGCCGUCUCCACCUCGGCCGGCCGCCUCGACCUCGGGAGUCGCUGCCGCCGGGUCCUCGUCGUCCACGCCGUCCCCCCGCCACCGCCAGGAUGCCGCCGCCGCGCAGGGACACGUCGUCGCCGCCUCCUUUCACCAAGCCGCGCCGGGACUCGUUGUUGUGCCAGGACCGUCUUCACCGCCGCCGGGACCUCCUCCCCGCCGACUCUUCCUCCUCUCGGCUGCCGCGCCAAGACCAUCGUUGCCACCGCCGGGACCUCCUCUCUGCCUCUUCCUCCUCUCAACUGCCGCAUCAGGAAUCGCCGCCGCUGCCUACGCUACUCGCCGGGCAGCCGAAGCCAUCGUCACACGCCUCCAGUGACCAUUUGAUAGUCUUUCUUCUCUAUCCAAAGUACAAUGAAGUCAACGUCUUGGAUUCUCUCGAUAAAGAUAGCAAGACCUAUCAGGAAUUUCUAAGAAUUAUCGAUCUUGCAUUUAAAAGAGGUAUUAUCAGCGAGGCGGACAACGCAAAAACUCAAGAGAACGCAUAUUCGUCCUCAAUAAGUGGCCGUGUCACAAGCAACCGGUGGGAACAAUACUAUGCGGAUAUUACUGUUGUGAGUUCCUAAGGGUUAAUGGGAAAUAUUGUGCGAAUUACGACGAGCUUCCAAAAUUCCCCAAGUCUGAAAGAGAGCUCGAUGAUAGAUCCAUUGAAGACAUUCAGCGGGACAUGUGCUACUUCAUCCACCGUGAGUGCGCACACCAGCUUGGGCAGUUUUUCGACAACGAAGGAGUUUUGGCCUUGCCGGAGAACGAAUCCCUGUCUAACUGGAGCAGGCGUUUAAUAUAGCUAAGGUUUUGUAAUUCAUUCAAAAUACUUGUAAAUGUUAUGUCGUCGGUCGAAUUUAAUUUGUCAAUGUACAUAUAUAUAGGUGCUUCCGAAUUAUAUAUGUAUAUUAUUCUGCUUCAUACUCUGUGGCUGUAAAAUACGUGAAAGAUAACAAACUCUA